AGUUAGCACUGAAAAUCCACUUGUGACUGGAAGUUAGCCAGUGGAAUUGAAGCUCCAGGACUGGCUCCCAUGUUGUGUUUGGCACACUGAAGCCAUUGGGCUGCUUUUUAGGACCUGCCUCUGUGAGGUGUUGGGGGCCCUUUGUGGGCUGAAGAGCACGCAGCAUCUUGCAGGCUCAGGCCUUUGUGCUGCAGAAAUUCUGAAGGGAGAAUUUGGCUAGCUUAGCUGCUGCUUUGCGUUGGAUUUUCAAGGGCUCAGCAACCACCACUAGGGCCAGAUUCUCUAAGGCGCUCAGUCCCCAGCAGCGCCCAGCGUCUGAAGAGUUCAGCACCCAGCACGCUGAGCUCCUCAGACAAUCUGGCCACUUACGUAGGAGCCUAAAUGGGAGCUGAGCUCUUUUUGAAAGUCUGGCUCCGAGUGCUCUUGUCCUUCAGCUGGUACCGGUGGCUGCUAUUUGGUAACUCUGUCAGGUGAGUUUGGCAUUGGUGCAAGCAGCUUGAAGGGGCCAUGCCAACGGGGCGGUGGGGACUGAUGCACCCUUCCCAGUCAAAGUCACUGCCCUUAUGCUCCAGAUCCCUGUGCUGGAGCCAUGGGAACCCCCGCAGUAACAAACCCUUGGGCUGACAGCUGAACCUCUCCGGCAAAGUAUGGAGCACUUUGAAAAAAUGUGGGCAUCAGGAUGUGUUUGUUUAGUCUGAACCGUUGCUAGCUUCAUUCUUUUGGGUCAAUAAGCUGUGUUUCCUAACCUCCUUGGGAGGGUUUUGUUCUUCUGUCUCUCUCUGUUUGUUCUCAGUUGUCAGCGCUGCUGCUUUCCUGCUCCCACCAGCCUCCGCUGUUGAAUGUGGGAGGAAAACGUGGAGCUGUGACUUGGCUCUUGGCCAGCGUGCGGCACUGUGUGCUGAGAAGCAGUUCCUGCUUUCCGGCGCUGGAUGCAGUGAGAUCAAAGGCACCAGAACAAUGAAGUUCCCGAGCAAAUCCUCUACAUUGGGUGAUGUCUUCUACUCCACUUGUGCUCACAAGAACAUCGACAGAGAGAUCGGUUCCCGAACGGGAUUGGAAGCUGACGCCGAGCUCCCUUACCCUGCACGCUGUGAGAGGAUUUGCAUCCAGAACUGAUGGGAAGAUGCAUGGAGGCAGAUGGGAUUCCAAACCCUAGGCUGGCCCCAGCCCAGUGACGAGGCUCCGGAUUGCGUCGGGAAGGUCGGUGGGAGAGUCGGCUGGAAGGAGAGGGGUUGCACACCUUGGGCUCCCCUGUUCCUGCCCUGGCAGGGCACUCAGUUGGAAAGAUGAGAAGUUGGUCCAGUAAAAGAUAUGAGCUACCUUGUCUCUCCGAGAUCCUGGAACCAACCCGGCUACAACCACAGGGCAACGAGCUGGAGGGGACAUUCUAACAGGCGGACGCACAGCUGCUCUGUAUUGAUUAUCAGGAGAUAUUCAGCAAUCUCCAGAUCAUGUUGGAGGCGACAAGAGACUGUGGUCUAGCAAUUGGAACAAGUGACGGGGACACAGAAGACAUGGAUUCGUGUCCCAGCUCUGCCACACACUCCCUGUGUGACCUUGGGCAAGUCACUUAUUCUCUCUGGGCCUCAGUUCCACAUCUGCAAAACGGGGAUAAUGAUCCUUCCCUCUCUUGCAGGGGGGCUGCAAGGAUAAACUCAUUGAUAUCUGUGGGGCACUUAGAUAUUGCAGUGACAAGGGCAACAGAAGCAGCUAGCUAGAGACAGACAGAUCAGCUGAACUUCCCCCCAGCUCAGGAAUGCUGGGCUCAGACACUAUGCAGCCUCUGCAAGUUCAGGGGCUUUUCUGGAAUCUGUCUGAGAGCAGGCUGCCUCAAGGGACCGAGGACAGCCUUUGUUAUCUCCCCUCAGUGCACCCAGCUCCGGUCAGCAGGACAGGGGUGUGUCUGCAGCACUAAGCCAUGCUCAGAGGUGAGCACCUGAGCUCUACCAAGUCAGGCUGGCUCCCCUCUACCUUGAACCUGAACGGGGUACAUGUGCUACUGUCUGGAAUGAGGCCCCCAGCCCCACUGACAGUGAGCUGGCUUUUGGUACUGAACUUGCCCACGCGCUGGUUAAAAUAACCCCUCUCUUUGUGUUCUCACAUGGCAGGAUUCCCCACCGGAGACGGUGCAAAGCCCUGGGGUAGUGCCCCAGCCCCCAAUCAGCCAUGGUGCUGCCCAUCGCCAGCAGCAGCAUGGAGCUGCAGCAGGACAACGGGCUCUGUGUCCGCAACAACAUGGGCGGUUGCCGGCUGAAGUACGAGGAGCCGAGGAGCCGGAGGAACUCCAUCCCCCCUGUGCAGACUCCCACCGCCAAGCACAUGCUUGCCUACCUGCCCCGGCCCCCGACGGACACCAGCAGAUACGGCGCCUUCCCUCAGAAGCCUGAAAUGAUGGUCAUCCCCAUGGGCCUAUCAGGAGAGAGCCAACAGCAAACAGACCCUGCGACUGAAAAGAAAAAUGCCCUGAUGUCAAACUUUGUCCCCCACUCCUGUGGCUCAAACAUCCCCAAUGACAGAUCAGUCCUUCAGAGGAGGCUCAGUCUGGUGGAGCAGACCAGCACAGGCACGGUGGUACCUGUGAAGCACCGGCCCAGCGUCUCCAUCAACACCGAAGAUCUGCCCAAGUACCGCCGGGCAUUGCGCAAUGAUCCCCUGCCUUCACUCCGGGACAUCAACACCCGGUGGUACCCACGGCAUGCCCUCAGUGUGCCCAACAUCCCCAACUCAGCACGGAAAAAAACACCCACCCGGAGCAUUGUCUCCAUGACCCCCUCAGAGAAACCUCAGAACCGGCGCUGCAAGCUCAUCGACGAUGAUCGGCAGUUCAGCUCCGCCAACAAGCAGCAGCGGCAGCGCUAUGUGACCAAAAUGGGCAAGUGCCAGGUGAAUCUGGGCCGCAUCCAGGAAAAGAAGAGGUUCCUGUCGGACAUUUUCACCACCAUUGUGGACCUCAAGUACCGCUGGUUCCUCUUUGUCUUCAUGAUGUGCUACAUCAUCACCUGGGUGGUCUUUGGCAUCAUCUACUUCUUCGAUGCCUGGAUAAGGGACGACGUCAACCACAUAGGAGACCCAGAGUGGAAGCCUUGCAUCGAGAAUGUGGACAAUUUCAUAUCUGCCUUACUUUUCUCCGUGGAAAGUCAAAGGACCAUUGGUUAUGGCUCCCGGAUUGUGACAGCCGAUUGCACCGAGGGCGUCAUUUUGCUGAUGGCCCAGUCCAUUGUUGGGUCCAUGAUAGAUGCCCUCAUGGUGGGAUGCAUGUUCGUCAAGAUCUCCAGGCCCAAGAAGCGUGCCCAGACCUUAAUAUUCAGCAAGAAGUGCGUUGUCUCCCACCGGGAUGAGAAACUCUGCCUGAUGUUCCGCAUCGGCGACCUCCGGGACAGCCACAUGGUGGAUGCAAAAAUAAGGGCCAAACUGAUCAAAUCCAGACAAACCAAGGAAGGGGAGUUCAUCCCCUUGGAGCAGUCGGAGCUGAACCUGGGCUAUGACACAGGGGAGGACAGGCUCUUCUUGGUGGAGCCGCAGAUCAUCUGCCAUGUCAUCAGUGACCACAGCCCCUUCUGGGAAAUGACAGCAGAGUCGUUGAAGCGGGAGCAAUUUGAGAUCAUUGUGAUCCUGGAGGGCAUUGUGGAAGCCACAGGAAUGACAUGUCAAGCCCGGACCUCUUACAUAGAGGACGAGAUCCUUUGGGGAUAUCGGUUCGAGCCCUGCAUGACCCUGGAGAAAGGAGCCUUUCGAGUAGACUACAGCAGGUUUGAGAAGACAUUUGAGGUGCAGACCCCAGCAGCCAGCGCCAAGGAGAUGUAUGAACUGAAGGAGAUGGAAUGUCAGGACCAGUCCACCCUGAGCUUGUACUGGGACCACCUGGUGCAUCCCUGCUUCUCAGCUGAGCUGAAUGAUGUCCUGCAGGAUGAGGGUCCCACUGAGGCACCCCUGGCCAGGCUGGGCAUCCCCAACAUCACGGAGGAGGAAACGAGUGCCGAGUUCCAGAACCAGAUCGGAGUCUGAGCUCCUCCCCAACACAGAGUGACAGGAGACACCCCAGUGCAGUCACUUGUCUGCCCCAAGGACGAGUGCUGCUGCUUGGCAUCCGGACAUGUCCCUGGUGCGAGUGGGGGGAGAGGCAAGGGGAAAGGUGCACUGCUGCUCUCCGGCCAACCUGAACGUGCAUCGACAUCCUCCCCAGUGAGCUCUGCGGUGGAGCCAUUGUGCUCUCCCCCCAAUACAGGCAGUUGAUGCUGCCUUCCUAUGGAGGAGGCGGUGGGGUUAGAGACCCCUGUUGCUCCCUACUCCAGGCUGGGGUAAGGGACCAGGGAAACGUGGAACAAGGGCUUGGGCCACACGGCCAGGAGGCUGAUCAGGCAUUGACUGUUAUGUGGAGGAAAUGUCACUUUCCCUGUGAGUAUAAGGUGCUGCCCCGGGGUAGGUCAUAAGCCACAGGGAUCCAACUGGAGACCUCUAGGUCUUACGGCCUGUGCUAAAUGACCAGCUCUGCUAGCUCAAGGGCUGUAGCAGAGAGUGACAGAGCCCCACUGUGUAGUGUGGGUCACAUGACACCAGAAUUAACAAUACCACCUUCAGUCACCCCAGGGAGUGCCGCUUGGAGGGGGGCAGGGAGCCCCUCUCCAUAGUCUCUGGUUCCCAUUAUGUCCACAUCAGGCACCUUAGGGUUUGUGCAGCCCUUCUGGUUUCACACCUUCUCCUGCCCCCACACCAUGUCCUUCAUGGACUGUAGGUACCCGGAGCUGGUGCUGCCCUCAGAUGCAGCUCGGGCACUCACAUGGAAGUGUCUCCUACUGACAGUGCCAUAUGGAUAACUCUCUCUGUUCGGUGUGUCCCUCACCCCUCCUUCCCUGCGUCCUCUGACCGCUGUCCCUAACCUCUCAACACAUCCUGCGUCUCCAGGUCCAGCUGCAGCUAAGUGGAAUUAUUUUUGCAAAGUCUUUUGUAAUAAGGUCAUCAGAAAACAAAAUUCAG